CACGGGUAGUUCCGCUUCCGGCAGCACCACAUAAAUCGCGAGAGGACGCUUAAAUCUUGACGCUUGCGUUUAGGACCACUUCGAUAUCCAAUUGCUUCAGCAUCAUUUAUCGAAAAGACCAUCUCUUCCCACAUCGUAUUGAUGCCUUUGUUGUUCAUGAUGGUUCGUAGUGGAAAAAAUGGUGACCUUCAUCUUAAACAGAUUGCAUAUUAUAAACGAAUUGGUGAAUAUCAUCCAACUACACUGCCUAGUGAGAGAAGUGGCAUAAGAAGAGCAGCAAAAAAAUUUGCCUUCAAAGAAAAAAAGCUGUUUUAUGUCGGAAAAGACAGAAAACAAAAUCGUUUGGUAAUUGUUUCAGAAGACGAAAAAAAGAAAGUCCUAAGAGAAUGCCAUGAAAAUGACACUGGAGCCCAUCAUGGCAUAUCCAGAACCCUUACUCUAGUGGAAUCCAGCUACUAUUGGACUUCUGUGACCAAUGAUGUCAAACAGUGGGUAUAUGCUUGUCAGCAUUGCCAAGUGGCAAAAAAUACGGUUAUUCUAGCACCUAAACAGCACCUUCUCAAAGUGGAGAAUCCAUGGAGUAUAGUUACUGUUGAUCUGAUGGGCCCUUUUCAUACAAGCAGCAGAAGUCAUGUAUAUGCUAUAAUCAUGACAGAUUUGUUCACAAAAUGGGUUGUGAUUUUGCCUCUUUGUGAUGUUUCAGCAUCAGAAAUUUCUAAAGCUAUUAUCAAUAUAUUUUUCUUAUAUGGACCUCCUCAGAAAAUAAUAAUGGACCAAAGAGAUGAGUUCAUUCAUCAGAUCAAUGUAGAACUGUGUGAAUUGUUUGGUACAAAGCAAAUUGUAAUUUCUCAUGCCUCCCAAACUAUUAAUCCAACUAUAAGUACACCUAGCACAAUCAAAACAUUUCUUUCCAAACACUGCGCUGACUACCCAAACAACUGGGAUGAUCACCUAGCAGCUGUUUCGUUUGCCUUCAAUGUUACUCACUCGGAACCUACUAAAAAUACACCGUAUUUUCAAAUGUUUAAUAGAAAUCUUUACAUGCCUGAGACUUCAGAUAUUCUUCGUGAAGUGGAUGGUAAUAAUACAAGUAUGUUUGCCAGAAUUCUAGGUGCAAUUAAAGAAGCUGAUAAAGUAAUGGAGAAUAAGACAACUUCAGCGGGCCAGAUGGAGAACAACAGUUUUGAUGAACUAAAUAAAAGCAAAAUCAUUGUUAAAAAGAAACCAAAGCAAUUAAAUCCAUUUCAACUAAAAGUGGGUCAUGAAGUCUUAAGACAAAGGAAAAACUGGUGGAAGGAUGGUCGUUUCCAAUCUGAAUGGGUUGGUCCUUGUGUCAUAGACUAUAUUACAGAAAAUGGAUGUGCUGUUCUGAGAGACAACACUGGGACAAGACUUAAAAGACCCAUCAAAAUGUCCCACCUCAAGCCCUAUGUAAGAGAAUCCAGUGAACAAGACAGUCUUUAUCUCUUACAAGGUUCAGUAGUGGCAGAUCAUGACUACAUUGGAAUGCCUGAAAUUUCAGUUGGAGCAUACCAAGCAAAUAUUCUGGUAGAAGAUGCAACUAUUGGAGUAGUCGACAAUGAAUUACUGACAUCAAGCAAGGAUCGUGAACUGUUAGAAUAUAGAAAUGCCAAAAUCUCUCCCUUGAUAGAAGAUCAUAGUACUCUUGAAAAGCAGACUUUUAGUCUCUUGGACUCUUCACACCAAGUCCUUGAGUACUUAAGUUAGUGAACACCAAAAUUCAUUUAAAGUGCUUGUUUAGAAAGUAUAUCUCCUUGAAUCUUGUUAUCUUUUCCAUUCAAAAAGGUUAUUUAGAAAAAGUAUCUUGACAAACUCUUAAUGACUAAAUCCUGAAGAUUUAUUUUAUAACAACUAUUUAUUUAUCUAAAGUUGUGCCUCAUUUGAAUGUCAGUGCAUAUAUAUAUAUAUAUAUAUGCAAAGCAAGUAUAUUACAUAGAUGUCAUUUUUUCUUCUAAAAAGAGAACAGGCAAAGCAUGCUUGCUUCUUAGGAAGUAAACUAAAUUCUAGCUCAAAACUUUGUUUGAUAUUGGUACCAUGUUUUCAGUUUUAAUUUUUUUUAAUAUUCCCCCCUUUUAAAAAAUGUUUGAACUACCUAGAAUUGCAUUAAUAAAUAUUUAUUAAAUGUGAUAA